GGAUUGAAAUGUAAACAUAGACUAAUUAUUAUAUUGUCACUGAAUUCCUUCGGAUCAACGAAUUUAAUUGAAUUUUUAAUGCAUACAACGCAAACUGCCAUGAUUGCGGGUCACGCACUGCUGUGUGCGGUUUAAAAAUCUGCAACAACUGGAUCACUACAUGCCGUAAUUUGAAUAAUUGACUACACUAAUAAGAUAGGCAGCCAGAAUGCUAUCGGAUCCUCUGAAAUUAUCAUGCCCCAGGAUUGCACCGAUUCUACCUUAAACAAAGCAAUGUAAUUGACUCUAUGUCCUGAACCCCUGAAUACCCGUAACUGUAUCGUGAAAAAAGGCAAAGGACUCCCUGCGCUCUUGUAGUAGGCAAUCAGCAUUGAUUAUGUUAUUAUAGGUAGUUGUGAAAUUUCUUAUACAUGACGCGUCGUACGCUAACUACAUAUAAAAACAAAAACGCUAAAAUAACGCAAUCGGCCUAUUACUCGAAUUACUCGAAAAACUCCUCCAGUUCGCUCGACCGACUGGUUCAGUGUAGAUUCCCAGCACAGCAUGGAAGCGACAGUGGCUCAGCUAGGGCUGAACAGUGGUGUUCCAAUUCCGACGAUGAGUGUGUUGAUGCGUUUUCUGAUCCUAAAGUAUUACUCGCAAUACUACAGCUUCUGCACGGUUGGAAAUGAUUUUCUCCAAGAUGUACCAUUGAGCAGGAUUGUGCUGUCGCUAUACGAUCAAUUGAACACCAGUAUGCUCCACGCAAUCGACAACGGCUGCCAAGCGUUCGUGGUUGAUGAACAGGGUGCUGAACGUUUUCUCGAUCUUUACAUGCCGGUGCACGAUUUGGCCCGCCAGCGAUCGUUGGACAAAAGCUUGAUCCUCCUGAUAGCGAAGCGAAACCAAACGCAAUUAUUAGAUCGUAUGCGAGUGCACGAAGCAUUUCGCGGUAAGUGGUGUUACUUGAUGUUGAACCAUUCGGACUGUGCGAUAACAACUAUUGACGUUUUUCUCGCCCAUGCAGAAUUGGCGAACGUCCUGAUCGUAGUGUACGAUGAGCAGGAACGGCCUACUAAUAUCUACAACACCGUCGUCGAUAUGUCAGAUGUACUUGAGCGAAGCGUGAACGUUGCUAUGGAGCUAGUCGCGGUAAAAUGGACCAGUUGGAAGAAUCACUCUUUUUUCCCAGACAAAGCCAGAGAUCUAAAUGGUUACAUGUUGCGAACGUCCAUGUGCAACUAUUUGCCGUUUACGGGCUAUGAGCGAUUGGAACAAGAAACUGGCAAUGCCUUCGAUUCCGCGACAGGCAAGCGAUCGAUAUGGUUGGAUGGCACAGAACUACAGCUCCUAGUUUCGUACUGUGAGCGUCGUAAUUGCAACAUUAUGGUGUUCCCAGAGGAUGAAGACGAGUGGGGCGAUGUGUACCCGAAUGGUACCGGAAUUGGUCUGAUGGGCAGUGUGGCCGAACGACGCACAGACAUUGCCUUUGGAGCAUUCUACCUUUGGUUCAAGCCGUACAACUUCUCCUCCUAUACCGCCACCAUCAGCCGAUCUGGAGUGACCGUGCUCGUGCCGAAACCGAAGCUGCUACCGCACUGGCGUACCCCGUUUCUUUCCUUCUCAUGGCCACUAUGGAUUGCCGUGAUGGUCACAUUUCUUGUUGGCAUUAUAGCUACUUGGUUGGCGGGUACGGUGCGUCUUCGAUUGUUGCUACUGUCCGCUCCAACCGAUCAGCCGUGGACUGGUCGAUCAGAUCUGAUUUCUGAGCAGCAUACGCUGAGCGAUGCCGUGCUUAUGAUGGUUGGCUUCUUCGUAGCACAAUCAUCGCCCAUUCGAACUGACCUAUGGUCGUGCGUGUGCCUGUUUGCCUCGUUGCUGCUGGCCGGAUUUAUGGUAAGCAAUUUGUACAGUGGCGGACUUGCCAGCGUUAUGACGGUUCCGAAGUACGAAAAAUCGAUCGAUACUGUCGUUGACUUUGCGGCGACCGGCAUGAAAUGGUUUGGUCCCACGCCGUACUGUUUGGAGGAGAUUUGGAACGCGUCUGAGCCUCACUUACAGCAAAUUCAAAAGACCUACAUUGCAGCCGGCCCGGAAGAGAUGAACCGAUACGCGCACAUGGGCGGCAGCGGGUUUAUUGUCGAGCAAGCGCAGCACGGUAAUUUUGCACCAAGUAACUUUCUUGAUCGGCAAGUUUCGACAACCUUGCAGCCGCUGAAGGACUACGUCUACACGCAGAACUGUGCGGCACUGAUAACCAACACUAAUCCGUUGCGGUCCAAUCUGAACGAGUACAUCCUGCGGGUUCAGCAGUCGGGUCUGCUAUACCAUCUCGGUAUCCGAACCGCCAUUCGAUACCUGCCAACGGACGUGAUGCGAAACAUCGAGCGUUCGCGGAUGCAUCAGAUCGACGACGGUGCGGUUAGGUUGGAAUUGGGGCACUUUUUGGGUGCAUUUUUCAUACUGGGCUAUGGGUUGUUGUGCGCUAGUCUCGUGUUUGUGGGAGAACUCUGGGGCACAGUGAUGAUGCGACGAUGGAAUGAGACGUUUGUAAGCAAGGCGAAUUUCGUUACUGCCUACUGAACCCUCGCCGAGCAACUUUUCGGUUAAGCGUAGCUCUUGGUACAUCAGGAUGUGUUAUAUUAGGUGGUGAAGUAUCGAAAGAAAGCGUAAAA